AUGCCAUCUGAUAUUGUUCUCCCCAUCCUUGUUUCGGUCCCUCCACCUAUGCCUAUGCCUAGUGUGACGCUUCCUCUAAUGGAUACAGAUAAUGGCCGUUUUAGACAUGUUUAUCAUCACUGCCAACGUGUACCACCGCCAGCUCUGCCUCCUCCGGUUCUCUCCCCCGACCAUGCAGAUCCAUCUUUUGAUCUUCCCAUUGCCUUUCUCAAAGUUGCUCGUCUGAAUUCCAUUCGCAUUCUACUGUCGGUAGCUAUGAAUCAAUCAUGGGCACUCUGUCAACUUGAUGUGAAUAAUGCCUUUCUCUAUGGAGACUUAGUUGAGACAGUAUUUAUAGAGCAACCUCCGGGGUAUGUUGCUGAGGGGAAGAAUCUUGUCUACCAGCUCAAGAAAGCGAUCUAUGGUCUGAAACAAAGUCCUCAUGCAUGGUUUGAAAAAUUUAGUGUAAUUGCAGUUGCAGAUGGUUUUCGCAGGUGUAAUGUGGAUCACUCUGUGUUCUAUAAGAACACUUCAUCUAGUUGUGUUGUACUUGCGGUAUAUGUCGAUGACAUCUUGUUGACAGAUUUUUACCCGAGGGAUUUGCAAGAAAACCUACGAAAUGAACCUAGAAAAGAUCAACUCUUAGAGGUGGUACUGGACUUGGGUCGUCUUCCUGAAGCACGCUUCCUUGGUGAAUCUGGUGGUCAGUAUCUGAGGAAUACUGAGAUAUCAUUGAGGGAGUUAGAACAAGCACAGAAAGCUGUUGGCGAAUUUGGAGGAGACAACCGAGCAGGCAUCGAGGGUACUCUACAUAGAAUCUCUGCGAUAAGGAGUAGGAAAGGUCUAAUUGUUGGGUUAACAUGUCGAGUUGGUAGAGCAGUUACUGGUCAUGUUGAAAUGGUCCGCGACCUUUUACAAUACAAAGAGAGCAUCUUAUUUCUAGGAAGACCUGGAGUUGGAAAAACCACUGUAAUGCGUGAGAUUGCCCGUGUCUUGGCUGACGAACUUCACCGGCGAGUGGUGAUUGUGGACACAAGCAAUGAGAUUGGAGGGGAUGGGGACGUUCCCCAUGCCGCAAUUGGUGGUGCUAGGAGAAUGCAAGUGCCUCAACCGUCCAUGCAGCACAGAGUCAUGAUUGAAGCCGUCGAGAACCAUAUGCCUGAGGUGGUCAUUGUGGAUGAAAUUGGAACAGAAGCAGAGGCGCUUGCUUGUCGCUCGAUUGCAGAGAGAGGAGUUAUGCUUAUUGGCACAGCCCAUGGAGAAAGAAUGGGAAACAUCAUAAAGAACCCCACACUCUCUGAUCUGGUUGGAGGAAUAGAAACAGUUACUCUUGGGGACGAAGAAGCUCGAGCUAGACGCAGUCAGAAAAGCAUUCUUGAGAGGAAGGCCCCUCCAACAUUUCCUUUCCUUAUCGAAAUGAGAGAACGAAAUUAUUGGGUCACUCAUCGUACAGAAAGAAGUGUAGACAUGUUGCUGCAUGGAAAAAAGCCAUUGGUUGAGGUGAGGAAGAGGGAUGACCAAUUUAAGGUAGUAAUUGAAAGAUGGACAACAUACGAUGAAGAUGGAAUCUAAAUUGUCUUCACCAAGAACAUACUAUGGAAAUUUAAUGGUUAAAUCUUGGUGGAAAUGAUCAAUUUUUUAUCAUAUUCAUGAUCCAUUGAAAGAUGAAAUGAUGUGAUGAGAUCAAACUGGUUGUACGUAUUGCUUGAUUGUUUUGCACAUUUGUUUUAUAUUACUUCAUAGUUGUUAUAUAUGUGAAAUUGGAAAUUUACACAGAUGUUUGUGGA